CUAUUAUAUUUUUUUAGGGUUUUCAGUUAUUUCAAAUUCGAAUUUGGGAAUAAGUUAAGAUGGCUCAGAGAUGCUUGCCGGCACCAUUCUUGACAAAGACGUAUCAGUUGGUGGAGGAUUCAAGCACCGACGAUGUCAUCUCAUGGAACGAUACUGGUACUACCUUCGUUGUCUGGAAACCUGCGGAUUUCGCCAAGGAUUUGCUCCCAAAGUAUUUCAAGCACAACAAUUUCUCCAGCUUUGUUCGUCAAUUAAACACUUAUGGCUUCAAGAAGAUAGUACUGGAAAGAUGGGAAUUUGCAAAUGAGUCUUUCAAGAGAGGGGAGAAAGAGCUCCUCUACGAAAUCCACCGUCGUAAGGCGGUCCCCACAACCCUCCAUGUUGGAAAAUCCAAUGCCAAUGGCAAUAGUGGAGGAAUCUCGUCUCCGACGAAUUCAGGUGAGGAUGUGGCUUCCACGUCGACCUUGUCUCCAGGGUCGAGGAACCACACGUCAGACGAGAACGAGAAACUGAGGAAAGACAACCAGAUGCUGAGCGCGGAGCUCGCCCAAACAAAGCAGCAAUGUGAGGAGCUGAUGGCCUUCCUCUCAAACUACCUCAAUGUGGGACCCGAGCAGAUUAACCACAUCAUGUCACAAGGGAGCAUUGGGCCCAACUAUGAUCCAUCAGAGGAGGAUGAGGAUAAGGAUGAGCAUGAUGAUGAUGAUGAUGAUGAUGAUGAUGAUGAUGAUGAUGAAAAAUUUGGAGGAGAGGAGGUGAAGUUGUUCGGAGUGUGUUUGAGGACGAAAAGUAAAGGAGGGAACAAUAAGAGACGCCGUGAUCCCGAAGCGUGGGUCGUGGAUUUGGGUGGGUCACCACCGAUGAAGGAGAUGAAGGUGGCGAGGGAUUUUGAGGUGCCUUGGAUGAAGAUUUCUUCUUCCCCAACCGAGACCAACAAAGUCUGCAACUAAGACUUAAAAAUGGGA